UAAUUUAACAUUUUAUCCUCUCAAAAAGGGCAUUUAUGAGAAGCAAAGAGAUGAAAGUCUCAAGGUGGAAAUGUGAAACUGUCACCCAUGCCAUCCAGCAAGAUAUGGUUUCAUGUGGUGUGUUUGCGCUUAAAUUUGCAGAGUGCAUACUGGAAAACAAGGACCAGAACUUUCCAUCAACAGCAGAAGCUGUUAAUACCAUGAGACUCAACAUGUCUUCCACACUUCUCUCAGAAUCAGACUCAGUGGAGAAUCUCUGCAGACACUGUGGCAGUGAGGACACAGAAGAUCACAUGUGGAUCACAUGUGACAGAUGCAACUGGUGGUACCACCAAGGCUGCGUUAAGGUCCCACAAACCGACACAGACUACUGCUGUGCAAUGUGUUUAUAGAUUUUAUGUUUGUACCAAUCUAAUUCGUUAAUGACUGCAGUUUAGUGGAUUUUCAGUUUAAACAUGUGACAUAAUUUUCGUUGACUUAAUUGGUUUUCCAAAAAUUUUUGUUAUGAAUAUUCUUUUGUUGAA